GCCAGAAUGAUUCGGAAAGAUCAGGAAGAAAAGGAGGAUCCGACGACGGAAUAAUUCGAAGAGCGAACAACGCAGUGCUCUAAAAUAUUGUUACAAUUGGACGGAAAGUAUACGUUUCAAGUAUAGAACGCUGUAAUGGUAUUUUCACUGUCCACCGUGACCGUACUGGUCCCAAUAAUCUCAUUGUUGGGACUUUUCUAUUCUGCGAGCGUGGAUGAGAAUUUUCCACAGGGGUGCACCAGCACAAGCAGUGUGUGCUUCUACAGUCUGCUAUUACCCGUCACCAUUCCAGUCUACGUGUUCUUUCACUUGUGGAAGUGGAUGGGAAUUAAAUUAUUCAGACACAAUUAGUGCUGUUAAGAAUGAAAAAUGAAAAGCUGUACCAUGCGGAUGUGAAAUAAAAGUUUUUUGUUUAUUACAAUA